CAUCUCCCUUUUACUUCACGUUUGUGAUCUAUAAUUUAGAAAAUAGUUCUUCUUUAAAAAUCCAAGGAACUACGAUUUUGUAGUUAUUUUAAUGCGACAAUGAACAAUAUUAUCACCUUUAGUGUCUAUAAAGUUACUAACGACCCGCCUGGGCUACCUUAAGGUAUUAACAGGUCCCUAGAGAAUUUUUAUUCAUAUCAGGUACCUUGGUAAACUCGUUAAAACUUCCACUUAUACAGUUAUAAGCACCUAAACCUACUACGCUCACUUACACAAUAACUUCUCCUGACAAUGGGAAAGGACGAUUUCAAAGUCCGGUUACAGCCGCAAGAUGUAGCCAACCAAAAGAACCCCACGUAUAAGAACGCCGCCAAAAUCUUCAUCCAUCCCACCACCUUCGCCCAAGGGGGCUUUGUUACAGCGCAUCUCUGCAACAUCGAAACGGAUGGGCCUACUCGAUGGGAGGCCGUUGCGUGGCCGGCACCGGAUAAGAAUGUUGCGAAUAACAUCGUCUCCGUUAGCCGAGUUUUUCAAAAGCUGGCCAGUCUAGAACUCGGCCAGCUGGCUAAAGUUACUCCUGGCAAUGGGCCGGUUCCCGAUGCUGGGACGGUGAUUAUGAAAGAGAUUACUCCAGAUCCUGCGCCGUUGCCUGCUUCGGAACAGACGAGAUGGCAAUACUAUCUUGAGAGUCGAUUAGAGACAGCAGAAUUCAUCUUGCCGAGCAUGUCCUUUGAUGACGUCGUUCUGAAUGGGUCAAGACGCUCGUUCGUGGUUAUAUCUGUAAAUGGUAGGACCGACAGUGUAGCCAAAUACGCCCCUGGCUUGACAAUAGUUGAGUUUUCUAGCGAAGAAGCGGUCCAAACCAGGGGUAAGUUAGAAGUCAGCCCGCUACCGGGUAUGAAACGCCAAAUAGACGAGCUUAACGAAUUCUUCAACGACUUUGAUGUCGAGUUCGAAGGAUAUACUACACCGACUUACUCUUGUGGAAUUGUUAUAUAUGGAAGCCAUGGGACGGGGAAAUCGAUGUUACUCGACCAUAUCGCUGCCACCAAUUGGGGCAGAGUUGUUCGACUAAGCUAUAAUGACAAGCCGUCAACCAUACAAACCUGUUUUAAAACUGCCCUCGAGCAACGCAGUCCGACUAUUCUCUUAUUAGAUGAUAUAACAAGGUUAAUAGGAAAGGAACAGUCAAAUCGUCAGGUUAUGAUUGAGACCAUCGGCGAGGGACUGGAUGCUUUAUCAAAUAGGGCGCGCCAACAAAAUAAGAGGCCGCAUAUCUUGGUGGUCGCUACUUGUCUCGACUACCUAAACGACAUCCCCCACUCUCUUCAACGGCCCGGUCGCUUCGAGGAACACAUCGCUCUUCCCGUCCCAGAUGCACAAGGUCGCAAGGAGAUCAUCCGCUAUCACAAGCCAACCUUCGCCCCCGAUGUGUUUGAUCAGCAUGUAUCAGACCUUGGUGACAGGACGCAUGCGUAUACUGGCGCAGAUCUCCGUAAAGUCCUAUACCGCGCAACUAAGGCGUGGAGGAAGCGGGUAGGAAGCCCUUCUAAGAAGGAACCCCUGAUAUGGGACGAUGUGACUAAAGGGUUACAAGAAGUGCGACCUACAGCCAUGCAUGACAUAAACCUCAAGCCGCCUACCGUGCGCUGGAGCGACAUCGGUGGCUAUGAGGAAGUUAAAGUUGCUUUGCAACGAGUGCUGCGACGUCCUACAGGUCCUCGAGCUAGGAUGUCGAAGCCUCCGAAGGGCGUUCUUCUCUACGGCCCGCCUGGAUGCUCUAAAACCAUGACGGCCCAAGCCAUGGCGACAGAAUCCGACUUCAACUUCUUCGCCGUGAAGGGAGGUGAGCUCUUGAACAUGUACGUGGGGGAGACUGAACGGUCGAUUCGUAACCUGUUUAAACGAGCGCGCGAAGCCAGUCCUAGCAUCAUAUUCUUUGACGAGUUCGACUCCAUCGCAGGAACGCGAUCAGGCGGAAGUACAGGCGGAGGCGUACAAGCACUUACCACGCUCCUUACCGAAAUGGACGGGUUUGAGCGUAUCGGGGAGGUAUUCGUGCUAGCGGCGACGAACAAACCGGAACUACUAGACUCAGCGCUACGGCGACCGGGCCGUUUCGACGAGCUGAUCUACGUGCCGCUGCCGGAUGCCAAGGCACGCGAAGCCAUUUUCGCCGCCAAAGCUAAGGAGCUCGGCUUCCCUGAGGACGGGACCAUUGACAUCCCCGAGCUGGCGCGCCAGAGCGAAGGAUACUCGGGAGCAGAAGUCGCGCGGAUCUGCGACAAGGCGUUCUGGGACGCGGAUGAGAACGAUGGCAUCUCGGCGAUGGGGGUGCUGCUUGCGGCGAUACACAAGACGCCGAAGUUGGUCACGAAGGAUAUGUUGGAUCAUUAUAGGGAGUGGCAGGAAAAGUUUAGGUCAUAAGGGGGCAUUUUACAUAUCAAGUGGCUAAAGCGUAUAUAUGUGUGAUAUUGCCUUGUGAUGGAUAGGGGUAGAUGCCUGUAUAGACGCGGAGCUCAAUGUCGCUGCCUGAAAUUAUGCCUGAUGAUACCGAGCCUAUUUACUUGUUAAUUGAUCAGAUUAGAACUUGUUGCCCUAUAC